AUGGGUCUAGGUGUCCUUGAUGACUCCCAUCUUGCUCAUGUGCCCGGCACAUGCCUCCUCAGCGAAAAGCGAAUCUUGUCUGCCUUGGAGGACGGCAGCGAGCCUCAUGACAAUCUCAAACAUGAUCCGAGCGGCAACAUUGUUCUUGUACCUCAUCCUUCUGAUGACCCCAACGACCCACUCAAUUGGCCAAGAUGGAAGAAGGAAAUGUUCACCGUUUCCAUCGUUAUCGGUUGCGGCUGCGUUGGUGCCGUUGGGCCUCUACUUAGCUCAGCAAUUGUACCUCUAGCUGCUGAGCUUGACGUGCCCAUUCAGAGAUUUACAUUGGGCUUCAAUGGUUCCAAUCUAAUUGCUCUAGCUGUUGGCAAUCUCUUCUGCAACUCGCUGGCAAUGACAAUUGGGAAGCGCCCUGUAUACCUCGUCACCGCCCUAGGCCUACUUCUUACGACAAUCUGGAGCGCAGUAGCCAAAGACUUUGUUUCGCUAUCAGUCUCUCGUGCGGUUCAGGGCUUUUGUAUUUCGCCCAUGGAGGCUCUAGUCCCUGCAUCGAUUGCCGACAUUUGGUUCGUUCACCAGAGAGGGUUCCGGAAUGCUGUUUUCAACUUCGGUGUCCUUGGUGGCAUCAAUCUCGCCUCGCCGAUUGCCGGGGUCAUCAUCGAUAAACACGGUUAUAAAACUUGCCUAUGGGGCAUGUCAGGCGCUUUUGGCCUGCAGUUGCUGUUGACGUUUUUCUUCAUGCCUGAAACAACGUAUAAGCGACACGUUAUUCCAGGUGUAUCAGAGAGCUCUCCGACAAAGGAUUUCCCGACGAAUGAGAAAACCGAUGCAUCUCGAGACGCCGGAGCUUCUAUCGAUGAUUACAUCCCCAGCCCUGAACGUCACUCGUUCAUGUACGAGCUUCGGCCCUGGAGCGGCUAUUACAACUCUUCCAACUUUUGGAACAGCGUCUUCGCACCUUUCAAGAUGCUUGGUUCUCCUUUGGUUAUCUGGGGCUCCUUCCAACUUACCAUCUGCAUGAGCUGGCUGGUUAUGAUCGCUAUCACACUGUCGCAAAUCUUCACUGGGCCUCCAUACAACUUUUCCGUCACUGCGGUGGGGUUAGCUAGCCUUUCGUCUUUUUUUGGAACUUUUAUCGCGACGGCCCUGGCUGGCAUUCUAGUGGACGGGUUAGUCAAGUUCAUGGCUACGAGAAAUCAGGGAAUUUACGAACCCGAGUUUCGCCUCCCGAUUCUUGCGCUUCUCACCACGCUCAGCGGAGCUGGCUUCUUUGGCUGGGGCCAGAGUCUUAAUAAUGUCGAACCUUGGCCUGUUCCGGUAAUUGUGUGCUUAGGCAUGAUCAAUCUCGGAAUCCAAUUUGGUAUCGUGGGUCUUGUGUCCUAUGUUAUCGAUUCCCACCGUCAUGAGGCUGUCGAAGCAUAUGCAAUGAUGAGCUUUGCCAAAAACAUCUUCGCCUUCGGCAUUACCUUUUACGUCAACAAUUGGAUUGCGGUUCAGGGGGUGAGGGACACGUUCUUUGUAAUCGGGGGAAUAACCAUCGCUAUCAGCAUGGCCACCGUUCCGAUGUACAUCUACGGAAAGAAGGCUCGCAGUUUUGCGUUCCGCCACGGGUUUCUCGCAUCAGUCUAG